AUGAGGUCGGCCCUCGGGCUUCUUUUCCUCCUUUUGGUGCAAGUCUCUUCCGCUCUCAAGUUCGAUAUUGUGGCUGGGAAGGGUGAGAGAUGUAUACGCAACUUCGUGCUCAAGGACCAGCUUGUCGUCGUUACGGCUAUCGUGAGUGGCGAGAGGGGCGAUGGACAGAUGGUCAACAUGCAUAUCAAGGAUGCAAUGGGCAAUGACCACGGACGGCCAAAGGAUGUUGUUGGCGAGACUCGCCAGGCUUUCACGUCUGCUGGAGACACCACCUUCGACGUUUGCUUCGAGAACGCCCUCGUUUCCCGCCGGGCUGUUGCGAACCCCCACCGAACAAUUGAACUUGACGUUGAUAUUGGUGCCGAUGCUCGUGACUGGUCAAGCAUCCAGGCUCAAGAGAAACUUAAGCCGAUCGAAACUGACCUCCGCCGUAUUGAAGAAAUCGUCGCUGAAGUUGUCAGCGAGAUGGAAUACCUCCGUGCCCGUGAGCACAAGCUCCGGGACACCAACGAGAGCACCAACGAGCGUGUGAAGUGGUUCGCGUUCGGCACAAUGGGCAUGUUGAUUGGACUUGGUGUUUGGCAGGUUAUCUACCUGAGGGCUUACUUCCGCAAGAAUGAGAAUGACAGAGCUCAGUCAACAGUGCCACAGCACCGCGCAAACCAGAUGGAGAAGCCGCCGAACCCGGUCGUCCCGAAUACAACCUCAACCAUGACCAAGGACUUCCCCAAUGUCGGCAAGAAGCCAUCGCCCCCGGAGCUUUUAAACUCGGUUGACCCGAAAUACAAGCCUGUGGACACGUACCCCGGAAAGGUUGAGCACUUCACGGGUGGAAGACAGGAACCCGGCGCGCAAAAGCCGGAGCUUGGAGUUGGUGAGAUGGAAGGCAUUACGUUCAAGGUUGAGCCGCUCCGCCGGACUGGAGAGGAUGUUUCGACCAUGAGAGCUCGGCUGCUUUAUCAGAGCCGAAAGCGAGGAAUUCUCGAGUCAGACCUGCUUCUCUCUACAUUUGCUGACGUCUAUUUGGCCGACAUGAACAAAGAGCAGCUUCAAGAGUUUGACCGAUUCCUGGACGAGAAUGAUUGGGAUAUCUAUUACUGGGCGACCCAAGACCCACCUGAGGAGAGGGAUGCUGCGGCAGAUGUAGCCGAAGACACUCUGACCGACACAUGGCAUCGUACUGGCGCCAAGAGCGGCGAGUGGAAGCAAACUGUCGGUGCCUUUAAAGCUGCAUACCGACCAGUGCCAUCACGGUGGGUAGAGUCGAACGUCUUGACGCUGCUGAGACAGCAUGUGCGGGACAACAGUGCGACUGGUUUCCAUGCGGCGAAGGCCAAGAAGACCGGCGGGCAAGGCCCGGGCCUCAAUAGGAUGCCUAACACUCCGAUCAUGGCUGAGCAGCUGGUCCUUCGCGGCACCCUUGAGGGUCACAAUGGCUGGGUUACUUCCCUGGCUACCUCUCUGGAGAACCCCAACAUGCUGCUCUCUGGCAGUCGCGAUAAGACUCUGAUCAUCUGGAACCUUACCCGCGACGAGCAGGCAUACGGUUACCCCAAGCGCUCUCUUGAGGGCCACUCCCACAUCGUCUCCGACUGUGUUAUCUCCUCCGACGGUGCCUACGCUCUGUCCUCCUCUUGGGACAAGUCUCUCCGCCUGUGGGAGCUCUCCUCCGGUCAGACCACCCGGACAUUCGUCGGCCACACCAACGAUGUCCUCUCCGUUUCCUUCUCCGCCGACAACCGCCAGAUCGUUUCCGGAUCCCGUGACCGCACCAUCAAGCUCUGGAACACCCUGGGAGACUGCAAGUACACCAUCACCGACAAGGGCCACACCGAGUGGGUGUCCUGCGUGCGCUUCAGCCCCAACCCCCAGAACCCCGUCAUCGUCUCCGCUGGCUGGGACAAGCUUGUCAAGGUCUGGGAGCUCGCUUCCUGCCGUCUCCAGACUGACCACAUUGGUCACUCUGGCUACAUCAACACCGUCACCAUCUCCCCUGAUGGCUCUCUCUGCGCCUCUGGUGGCAAGGACGGUGUCACCAUGCUCUGGGAUCUCAACGAGUCCAAGCACCUCUACUCCCUCCACGCCGGUGACGAGAUCCACGCCCUUGUCUUCUCCCCCAACCGCUACUGGCUCUGCGCUGCUACCGCCAGCAGCAUCACCAUCUUCGACCUCGAGAAGAAGAGCAAGGUUGAUGAGCUCAAGCCCGAGUACAUCGAGAAGGGCAAGAAGAGCCGCGAGCCCGAGUGUGUCUCUCUCGCCUGGUCCGCUGAUGGCCAGACUCUGUUCGCUGGUUACACUGACAACAAGAUCCGCGCUUGGGGCGUCAUGUCGAGGGCGUAG